AUGGUCAACUCUUCUUGUGGUUCCAGCUGCUCUGGCCAAGGCCUCUGUCAAGAGACCUGUUGUACUCCUAGCUGUGGCCCCCAGAUCUCCUGUUGCAGUCCAGCUUGCUGCCAGACUACUUGUUGUGGUACAACUUGCUGUCGCCCCAGCUGCGGUGUGUCCAGCUGCUGUGGGUCCAGCUGCUGCCGUCCCAGUGGCUGUGGGUCCAGCUGUUGCCGUCCCAGUGGCUGUGGAUCCAGCUGUUGCCGUCCAAUCUGCUGCCAGUCUAGUUGCUGUCGCCCCACCUGCUGCCAGACCACCUGUUGUGGCACAACUUGCUGCCGCCCCAGCUGUGGUGUGUCCAGCUGCUGCCGCCCCAGCAGCUGUGGGUCCAGCUGCGGUGUGUCUAGCUGCUGCCGCCCCAGUGGCUGUGGGUCCAGCUGUUGCCGCCCAAUCUGCUGCCAGUCUAGUUGCUGCCGCCCCACCUGCUGCCAGACCACCUGUUGUGGCACAACUUGCUGCCGCCCCAGCUGUGGUGUGUCCAGCUGCUGCCGCCCCAGCAGCUGUGGGUCCAGCUGCGGUGUGUCUAGCUGCUGCCGCCCCAGUGGCUGUGGGUCCAGCUGUUGCCGCCCAAUCUGCUGCCAGUCUAGUUGCUGCCGCCCCACCUGCUGCCAGACCACCUGUUGUGGCACAACUUCCUGCCGCCCCAGCUGCGGUGUGUCUAGCUGCUGCCGCCCCAGCAGCUGUGGGUCCAGCUGCGGUGUGUCUAGCUGCUGCCGCCCCAGUGGCUGUGGAUCCAGUUGUUGCCGGCCAACCUGUUGCCAGUCUAGUUGCUGCCGCCCCAUCUGCUGCCAGACCACCUGUUGUGGAACCACUUGCUGUCGCCCAAGUUGCUGAAUACUUAGAUCUAAAUACAUCUGUGCAUCAUCCCCAUGCCAUCUCCUAGAUAUAUCUUCAAUCAUCCUCCUAUAUAUUAAGAUGAAUAACCCUUUUUUAAAUCAUUCAACUUUCAGCUGAGCCACAUGAGCAUAAUUUGGAAACCUCAAAAAUAGUACCUGGUUUUGAUUCCUGCCCUAACAGCCAUCUUUGUUACCCUUUCCUUCUUUUAAAAAUUGUGAAUGCAUUCAAAUCUGUCAAUUAAGAAAUAAAUAACCUU